CGACGACAACGACAACCAGCCCUUCAACGGAAUCGCCAGUUCCCCUAAUUCAAGAUGACGAAGGGUACCUCCAGCUUUGGCAAGCGCCACAACAAGACUCACACCCUCUGCAGGCGUUGUGGCAAACGCUCCUUCCACAUCCAGAAGUCGACUUGUGCCAACUGCGGUUACCCCUCCGCUAAGACUCGCAAGUUCAACUGGAGCGAGAAGGCCAAGCGCAGAAAGACCACCGGUACCGGCAGAAUGCGCCACCUCAAGGAGGUCCACCGCCGCUUCCACAACGGCUUCCAGACCGGUGUCCCCAAGGGUGCCCGUGGCGCCACCUCGAGCAGCAACUAA